AUGCACAGGGCAGGACUCGUCGAAGAUCCCCAGAUCAAAUAUUCCUCCCUCCAUAAUCCCCUUCCCACUCAGUUACACACCUAUGCGUGGCCAUUCCUGAUCAUCUGGCCUGCAUUUUUGGCCUUCUAUCUCUCUCCUGAACGCUACGAUACAUACAUUCAAGGUCAAGAAUGGACCUUUGUGUAUGUUGGAUCCAUUAUCACGGUCCAGUCGCUUUUGUGGCUGAUGACAAAAUGGAACAUCGAUAUCCAAACAUUGUUCACUACUACUAAGGCUAAAUCGAUUGACUCCGCUCGGCUUAUCAAGGUGAUUCCAGCAGCUAAUGCUGGUUCGGCUGAGGUUUGUCCCUUGCUCUUCGACACUAGGGGUGGAAAGAAGACGGUCUCGUUCUUGUUUCAGAAGCGCCGCUUCCUUUACUAUCCUGAACGCCGAUGCUUCGCUCCCUUGUCCUACGUCCUCGACGCUGAGCCUAAGCCUGCCCUCAAGACCUUUCAGAAGACUCAAGGCUUGACCACCAAGGAAGAGGUCGAACGUAUUCAGCACCACUAUGGCGAUAACACGUUUGAUAUUCCCGUGCCGGGCUUUGUGGAACUUUGGAAGGAGCACGCAGUUGCGCCUUUCUUCGUUUUCCAGAUUUUCUGCGUUGGACUGUGGAUGUUGGACGAAUACUGGUACUAUUCUCUGUUCACCCUCUUCAUGCUCGUCAUGUUUGAGAGCACGGUGGUAUGGCAGCGCCAGCGGACGCUCAACGAGUUUCGGGGAAUGAGUAUCAAGCCGUAUGAAGUCUGGGUCUUCCGCGAGAAACAAUGGCAGAAGACUACCAGUGACAAGCUCUUGCCCGGUGACUUGAUGUCGGUUAACCGAACCAAGGAAGACAGUGGUGUGGCGUGUGAUAUCCUUUUGAUCGAAGGAAGCGUCAUUGUUAACGAGGCCAUGCUCUCGGGUGAGAGUACACCACUUCUGAAAGAGUCCGUCCAACUGAGACCUGGCGACGACCUGAUCGAACCGGAUGGAUUGGACAAGAACGCAUUUGUACACGGAGGAACCAAGGUUUUGCAGAUUACUCAUGCGAACACCACAUCAGACGACAUUGCCAAAUCUCACGAUGGUUCCGGUAUUCUUCCCACGCCCGAUUCUGGUGCGCUUGGUGUUGUUGUGAAAACCGGUUUCGAAACAAGUCAGGGCAGUCUCGUGCGUACCAUGAUCUACUCAACUGAGCGGGUGUCUGCCAACAAUGUGGAAGCGUUGCUUUUUAUCUUAUUCCUGCUCAUAUUCGCCAUUGCUGCCUCAUGGUAUGUUUGGCAGGAGGGUGUGGCAAAGGAUCGCAAGAGGUCGAAAUUGCUCCUGGAUUGUGUCCUCAUCAUCACUAGCGUCGUUCCCCCUGAACUUCCUAUGGAGCUCAGCCUUGCUGUCAACACUAGUCUGGCCGCUUUGAGCAAGUUUGCUAUCUUCUGCACUGAGCCUUUCCGAAUCCCUUUC